UUUGGCUGCUUUUUUUUUUUUUUUUUGGCUCACAUGGAGCUGACGACCAGAACCAGACGACGCUGCGAGAACCCGCUGCAAGCACCGUUGUUUUAACUACUGUCACUGCUGUCAUUUGACCUGUUAUCGUUAAUUCGCUGCUGUGCAACAAACAUCCUUGAGCCGACUGUGUCUCUGUGAGUGAGCUGGUGCAGCACUCUGCUACGGUGUUGGGAAGAAUGACAUCUGCCUACUGACCGAUCUUCGGUGUUGCGUCCGACCUGUUCUGGCCGCAACACAUCUCGUUUUCAUAACGCAGCUGUGUACGGCAGACUUUACAUACAGACUUUACAUACAGUCGACAUUGAAGAAAACGUUUUUCGUUAUUGUUUACGUGGCCGUAACAUAUCUGCUGCCUUCCUUGGCGCGCACAGUGUAUUGUCAUGCAUCAAAACGCGUUUGGGUCGCCGUUCGAAGGGCCUGUAACUCAACUGUGGAGGGAAGAAGUUUUCCCGAGGUGCCAGAAUGCCGUAGUUUUCCUCGACGAUGCUAUGGCAGAAGCAUUGCACUGGAAUGGAGGAGCAGACAAGCUCUUCGAGGCUGGUGCCUUGGCCGUCAGGGAGUUCAGCUUCUUUGAGCAUGGAUCAGAAUCGGAGAAAAAGGCCCUAUUCUUGGUAUCUACGCCGGUGACUGAGCAGACGUUGGCGACUCUUUCUGCCGUGGUGCGAGCAAGCGUGUUCACCAAUGUCAGUGUUCUCACAUCGUGCCCACCAGCAGCACAACUUUUGGCAAGGUAUGGCACAACUGAAGGGUUGGAUGGACCACGAGCUUUUCUUGAAGUUGAGGAACGACUUUUGGACUGGAUGGGAAAUGUGACUUUUACAGCGGAAAUUAUGUACAUACCAUUGUCCAUUGUCAACGUGACUCCGAAGUUUUUUCUUAUGCCUCAGUUCCAUGACAUAUUCCCUCCGUUACUAGAAAAUACUCGCACUGGUCAAGUAGGCACAACCCUUGAAGCUUCAAGUUUCUCUAGAAGCUUGCAAAUAGGCCUGAAGUCACUCAUAGGAAACUUGAACUCUAUAUUUGAAGUUGUCUGUGUUAGAGAAGAGACAUUUUCUCUUGGAUCACUAUCUCACAUUGUUGGAGAAGAGUUGUCCCGGCUUUCAAGGGGGCAUAGAAAGUCGGCAAAGUCUAAGGUGUCUCUUUUACUUCUGGAUCGUACAUUGGACAUGGUUGGAUCACUUACUGCUUCUUGCGAGUCUUCGAUGGACACUCUAGUUAGAGUGCUCCCUCCACUUCCUGGUCACAGUUUGGACGUGUGCAUUGACAUGCGCUGCAUCUCCUCUUCAUCUGAUGAGAUCAUGCCCUCAGAGGGUGCAAUCUACCCUGGUUGUUUGGCUCAUGAAAACUCAAAGUUGGCACUCCAGCAUAUCGUCAACUGCAAGCAGAAGGAAUGCAUGAUGGAGCUGAAUCGACUCAUCGUGGAAGCAGCUCUCAAACAAGGAGUGCGCUUGGAUGUCACUGGUCGUCUAACAGCAGAGCAACUCAGAAACAGAAUUAUUCAAUUCAGGAAAGGUGGUGGGGAUGCCGUCAUCAACAAGGGCCUGAUGCAGCAGACCUUGGCAGUUGCUCAGGCAGCACUGGGAGAGAGACACUCAAAGCUCGAAGAUCUUCUUAGCACAGAGAAGGUGAUUGUCCAAAAUGCGGGUGUCUCCUCAGAAGCUGCUUCACGGAGCUUGGUGCAGCUCCUUCAAAACAGAAAUGCAACGUCGUUACAACUGGAAGACAUCAUGGCUCUUAUGGCACUUUUGUAUUCUUUAUUUGGGAAAAAAACACUCGGAAGUGUAAAUGACAAGCAGAUACUAAAGGCUGAGAUUGUAGCAGCUGUAUACCAAGCAGCAGCAGACCAGAACUUACCCGAGUUCUUCAAACAUCUCGUUUCAGAUGAGGGGGAGACACUGGACGAGGACACUGUAAUUCAGAGGGUUGAUGAAAUCUUCAGAGCAAUGGAAGCUCUCAGAAUAUCCAGAAAUCAAAUUGUGAAAUACAGGAGCAUUCUCGAAGAGGGCAACCUGAUGCAGCCAGCAGUGUACAAGCCCUUGCUGAAGCAAGUGCUUGAAGACAUUUUUGACCCCAACGUGUCAGAGGCACCGCAGCUUGACUACCACUCGGGAGGGCUCAGCAAUAUGUUGAAAGCGGGAUUCGGACUUUUCAGAAGCACGAGCAAGCCGCUGCCAAGGGAUAGUCCAGUGCUUAUCGUCUUCAUUAUCGGUGGCGUAACAGCUUCUGAAGUGAAGCUUGUGAAUGACAUCACAUCAUCAAGAAAAUUGACUCAACAGGUCAUCGUUGGAAGCACUACAUUAGCCAAGCCACACCAACAGCUCAAUCUUCUCCUCGGGCAUUCCGUCUGAAAUGUUUGAUUAAUUUUUAAUAAAAAUAAUAAAGUACAACCUUUGUACGUGA